AUGUUUUCCGUGGUUUCUGCCGUGCGAAGAACUGCCGCGACUUCCUGCUCGACGUCCUCGUCUUUCGGCGGACACCAAAAGCAGCUCAGAAGAAAAACGAGUACUCGUUUGCAAGCGUCCAAGUUCGAGAAAAUCUCCUCGUCGUCGUCUGAACAAUCGUCUUCCGAUGAUGAUAAACAAAGAGACGACGAGAAAGACGAGGAAGAAGACGGCGAUAAGGAACUCCCGAACGAUUUGUUCGACGCGGUGAACACGGCAGCUUCGGCAACCUCUCAGGCGAUUUCUGCGGGCCAGUUAGGGAUAAUCGUGGAGUUAUUAAUCCCGGAGUUGUGGGACCCGAUAUCCGGGAACGUGAUGGCGAACCCGGGAGAUCAGUUGAAACAGUGGGAAAUAUCGCGGCAAUUCGCGCAGAAACUGUUAGAGGAACGACCGGAGGGAUUGGAACUGACGGUGGUGUUUCCGGACGCGGGGUGCGCGGCGUUGUUGAAAAACCGAUGGGGCGACGAGUUGAAGUUUAAAAUAGCCUCGGCGAACGAUCGGAUGUUAGUGCCGGAUGAUUACGAAGGCGUUCUGUUGUUCGCGGCGGCGGAUCCGAUAUCGUUGGACGUGGUGGUGAAAUCGACGAAGAAAGCGAACGAGUUGCAAAAUCCGGUGAUUUUGUUGAACCCUCGAUUAGCGAGUGGGGAUGCGGGGAUUGGGUUGACCGUGAGACGAUGGAGAGAUCAGUUUUUAGGAGUCAUGUGCGUGGCGUAUUCGUUGAGGCCUUUACCGUGGUGCAACGGGACGGUUUUUAAGAAAUUUCCCGGGCCGUGGAAAUUGUACAUCGAGAAAGAAAACGUUCCGGGAAGGUUUGAGUUAGUGCACGAAUCGAAUUCCAGACCGGCUGGGGAUGAGUUGGACGAUUUAGUUUCCGAGGUGUAUCGAGGCCGCGACGUCGGAGAGGACGGGGAGAUGAGAGAGAAGAGCGCGGUGGAGAAGCUGGCUGGUUUCGCCGCCUCCAUGGCGCGCUUCGCGAAGAGUUUAUCGAACUAA